GCUUGCCUCUUGCAAUCAUCUGCUAGCUACUGCAACUAACACAAAAUUUUGUAACGUUACAUCCAGGAAUAUGGACUCUUUACCGCUCGAUGUUUCCCAUCCUGCAGUGCGGGAUUACCUUUCCCUCGUACGGCUGCAGGUCCUCACCCCUCUGUCACUUUUGAUAAACAUAGCAACACUACUUGUGUGCUCGGUCAUUGUCAAGCCUUCAGCCGGGUCCAUUAUCAAGUCACACCCUACAUCGAUAUCUCCUUCACCAAACCUUAUUGCCGCUUAUAUCGUCGCUAUAUUUCUUGGGCAAAUCGGCUAUUGCAUUUUGCUUGUCAUAGCCAGGAAGCCGGAGACGAAGACAACGCUCGUGAAAGGAGUUGGACUUUCCCUCGUUUUCGCAAACUGGUUGAUGGCUAUUUGGGCCAUAUGCUGGAUCCUCGAGUUUUUCUUGCUCUCCACGAUACUUCUUGGUCUUCUCACUCUAUGUCUAUUAUUUUCGAACAUCGCGCUUCUCACAUAUCAUCCGCCCACAUCCGCUCGCCCUCUUGACACGGCACUGAUUCACGCCCCACUGCGUUUCUUCCUCAUUCUUCCUCUAUCGCUGUUGUUCCCCUAUUCGCUCUUCAUCACCCUGGGUUUAUACUACUCGCCCAGUCACCCCGAAGAUUACGGACGCUUUGCCUGGCCUGGAUUCGGAGUCACAUUCGGCGCAAAUCUCAUUGGCCUAGUCGUGAUACUGAUGCGCAGUGAUAUUGUAUGGGCCGUCGCAGCUACUUGGAUUUGUGCGAGUAUAUGGAGCGCAAGGCCAAAACCUGGCCCUGUAUAUAUCACCGUUAUUUUGUUCACCGUGCUUCAUCCUCUGGCUCUGUUCGGGACGCUCCUCUAUCGUCGGAUUACCGGGCUGGAAGGGAGAAUUGCGCUGCCUACUGAUGAAGAGCAUGAUACAGGAGCACCGAAUGGGCGUGGUCCACGAGAGGUGGAUGCUGAAGGGCUCUGGGGCACUGGCUGAGUUGUAAUUAUAUUUUUCUUGUCAGGACUUGGGACGCUACGUGAAUGUUGUAUUUCAUAUGUAAGGACUGAUCCCGCGGAAGCAAUUCACCAUAUAGUUGGCCGCACGUGAUUAAUAUGACAUAGUUGUAGUUGACGCC